AUGGCUCGAUCUUCCGGACCUGUCGCCACGGCAGACAGUAGUAUUUUGCUGUCUGAAGGCUGUUGGCUUCGCUGCAGUGGGCAUGGCAGGAGCGGAGGUUUGGGCAUUUCCCAUUCCGUUUUUCAUCCUGUCGCUCUCGAUGAUAUGGCCCCUGCUGCUCGUGGGCGCUUUACGUGUCGCCAUUGGGGCCGAUACGUUUCAUCAAGCUCGUUCUCGACCCUAACAACUCCGUCAGCUGAACAAACUUGGAACGAUGCAAGGAUUUUUAUUCUCUUCAAGACCGCGAACCAUACCAACUACGAACUACCCGUUCUCCUGUUGCUGUCUGUGUUCAAAGUCGUCAUGAAGGCGGCAUUCGUGUCAGCUGCAGCUCAUAAAGAAGACAUUGUCCCCGAAGAAGUUGUGCUCACAGUCGACUUUUUCGAUGCGUUUUAUCGGGCCACUUUCAUGCCCAACCUGUCUUGGACAUCGCUCGUAGUGGUUCUGGUCGUUCAGUUUUUGCAAACCGUGCUCGAAUUGCAUGAUCUUCAUCGACGAACUCAAAGUAUCCUGGCCCGUCUUCACAAGACUACUGGGGUCGCUAUAAACAGCACAAAGCGUGACCUACUCUCAACACUUCGGAACCACUUCAAAGGCAAGUACGCCCAGAUAUUCGCGUGCGCUCCUCCGUUCGUCAAAGCCUAUCUCGAGAAGGAAGAGAUGUGCUCGACAAACUUGGCAGCUAUCGGCAGAAUGGGAUGA